AUGAAACAUGGAAAUAUUAAACCAAUCUGUUUACCAUCUGGUACUGUUCCUCAACCAGCAGACAAUAUUAGUAUGAUCGCUGUAGGUUGGGGUACAAGAUCAAUGUCGUCAAUGAUACCUUCUUCAAUUCUUCAGCAAAUUACAGUGAAAUCCGUACCAAGUACACAUAGUGGAUGGCAAAAGUU